AUGCCGGCCGCUGCUGCUGGCGUCGUUCAACCCGCAGGAGGGCGCGCUCAGGCGCCACCUGCUGGACCGGAUAGCUCUCAUCGUGAGUGUGGGUGUGAUGGUGAGGCGGGGUGUGAUGGUGAGGCGGGGUGUGAUGGUGAGGCGGGGUGUGAUGGUGAGGCGGGGUGUGAUGGUGAGGCGGGGUGUGAUGGUGAGGCGGGGUGUGAUGGUGAGGCGGGGUGUGAUGGUGAGGCGGGGUGUGUGGCGGGGCUGUUGCUGGCAUCCUUCAACCCGCAGGAACACGCUUUGCGACGGCACCUGCUCGACCGCAUUGCUCUCAUUGUCACGUGCGGUUGGGGGGAAUGGGGAGGGGGGGAGAGGGAGGAAUACCUAGUGAUCAUCAGGUCAAGGGCAGCCAAGGAAUGGAGUUUGACGGCGCAGCUGCUUGCGUCGUACAAAACCCGCAAGAGGGUGCGCUGCAACGCCACCUGCUCGACCUCAUUGCUCUCAUCACCAGGUGCGGUGGUGGGCGAGGCGGGCGUGGUGGGGAGAGGCACGGAUGCGCCUCUCUCAUUGGAGCAGCGGGUGGCCGCAGCUGAUGUGGCGAACGCGUUUUUGGACGGCAAACUGACGGCUCGGGGUUGGGCGAGCAGAGGUUUGGGACCUGAGGGGCCGACGUCCUUUGGAAAGGGAGGGGAGAAGGGUGAGGAGGGUGAGGAGGAGGAGAGUGUGGAGGAGGGGGUGGAGGCGGAUAGGCUGCGAGUGCUGUUUGCACGACAGCUGCUGCCACGUGUCAGCAUCUCACAGGCCCAGAUUGCAUUCCUGGUGGACGCUGCUGUGCAGCUGGAGUGUGAGGUGAGAUGCGGUGCAGGCCAGCGCGCGGAGCUGUUUGCAGUGCGAGCAGCCAAGGCACUGGCGGCGCUGAACGGGCGCUCACAGGUCACCCAGGCCGACCUCGCCCGCGCUGCGCAGCUGGCAAUAGUGCCACGUGCCACGGUGUCAUUGGCCAGCGAGCCCAGCAGCAGCCCACCCCAGACCGCCCGCGCAGCGCCCCCCCCACCCAGCCGACGGGCGGAGGAGAGCAAUGAGGAGCCGCAGGAGGAGCAGGAGGGCGAGCCCCCUCAAGUGGACGAGGAUCAGCUGGUGCCAGCGUCCUUCGUGGUGGCAGCGGAGGACACGCGGCUCGAUGCCGCCGCCCUGCAGCUCUUCCAGCGGGCGGCGCGCACGGCAGGGCGGGCGGGGCGGUCGAAGAACAAGAUCUUCUCGCAGGAGCGCGGGCGAUACGUCAAGGCGCUGCUGCCUAAAGGCAAGGCGGGGCGGUCGAAGAAUAAGAUCUACUCGCAGGAGCGCGGGCGAUACGUCAAGGCGCUGCUGCCUAAAGGCAAGGCGGGGCGGUCGAAGAAUAAGAUCUACUCGCAGGAGCGCGGGCGAUACGUCAAGGCGCUGCUGCCUAAAGGCAAGGUGCGUGCUGCUGUUGGGGGUGCUGCUGUGAUUGGAAUUGGUGUGGGUUGUGAGAAGGCGAUAUGUGAAGGCGAUGCUGCCCAAGGGCAAGACAUUAUCUCCUCUCUUCCCCCCAAUUCCCUUUCCUCGUGCCCUGCACACCACCGCUGCCAGGUGGUGCGGCUGGCAGUGGACGCCACACUGCGGGCAGCGGCACCGAUGCAGCGGGUGCGGCGGGAGAGGGCGGCAAGGGCGGGCGGCAGGGAGCGGCGCAUCUAUGUGGACAAGAGCGACCUAAGGCGCAAGCUGCUGGCACGCCGAGCGUCGUCUCUGGUGGUGUUCAUAGUGGACGCCAGUGGCAGCAUGGCGCUCAACCGCAUGGGGGCGGCCAAGGGGGCAGCGCUACAGCUGCUGGCGGAGAGCUACAGCAAGCGCGACAGCAUCGCCGUCGUGCCCUUCCAUGACCAGCACGCUGACCUGCUCGUGCCGCCCUCCCGCGCUGUCGCCCUUGCCCACAAGCGAGAUGGAGGUGAGCAGGGAGCAACGCUACAGCUGCUGGCGGAGAGUUACAGCAAGCGGGACAGCAUUGCCGUCGUGCCCUUCCACGACCAGCACGCCGACCUGCUCGUGCCGCCCUCCCGCGCCGUCGCCCUCGCCCACAAGCGUCUGGAGAGUCUGCCAUGUGGGGGCGGCUCACCGCUGGCGCACGCGCUGGUGGUGGCGGUGCGGGCGGCGGACGUGGCUCGGAGGCGCGGCGACGUGGGGCAGGUGGUGGCUGUGCUCAUCACCGACGGCCGUGCCAACGUGCCGCUCUCCACGUCGCUCGACGCCCUGGAGGGGGGCGGUGGUGGCGGAGACGGCGCGACAGGCGCAGGGCAGGAGGAGAAGCUUCCUCCGCGGCUGGAAGACAUCAAGGAGGAAGUGCUGAGCAUAGCGGCCAAGAUGGGGGCGGCCGGCAUACAGCUGCUGGUGAUCGACACGGAGAACAAGUUUGUUUCCUCUGGCUUCGCUAAGGAGAUCGCAAAACACUCUCAAGGAAAAUACUUCUAUCUACCACAUGCAACCGUCGCUGCUGUUGCUGCGACCGCUCGUGCAGCUAUGCAAGACUUUAGAAAGCCCUAG